CACGCCCGGCCCCACAAGCCUCGCGAGAGCCGGAGGUCCCGCCGCCCCGGGUGACGCUUCGGCUCGGCCGUUACGGGAGCCCAGCGAGGAGCAGGAGAGAGGAGGAUGGCAGCGGCAGGCGGGCGGCUCCUGGCAGUGGCCGCGGCUUACUCGGGGCGGGCGGGCUGGCGCGGGCUGCCUCGCAGCCCGGUCGUGCCACUCGUGCCCUCCCGGAGCGCCACCGUCACCCGCAGUGGCGCCAUUUUGCCGAAGCCGGUUAAGACGCCGUUCGGCCUUCUGAGGGUGUUUAGCGUUGUGAUCCCUUUCCUGUAUGUCGGGACUCAGAUCAGUAAGAACUUCGCAGCCCUGCUCGAAGAACAUGAUAUCUUUGUCCCAGAGGACGAUGACGACGAUGAUUAACGGAACUGUAAUGGAAGAACAGAAGGGAGAAAACCAUUGACAAAGCAAUGGUUCCAACAUCUGUCACCUCUGUUUUGUCCUUCCUAAAGGGGACAGGGGACUCUGUGUCCCCUUUGCCAGCGAUUGUCCUGCAUGUGUCUGUAUGACAGGAAUCUGUAGAUCAGGGUUAAGAAGUGCUUGACAAGGCCCUGCAUCCUUGCACACACACACACGCUCACCUCAUCAAAGACUGCUUGGGAUUCCUUUUAUUAGCAAUAUGGGAAAACACACAAUUAAACAUCAAGAGAUUGA